GCAGCCAUGUGUAGAUCUUUUAGAGAAGACAAGCUGUUGUUCCAGUGAUUUUCAACUGUGCUGCAGAACACUGACCUUGAAAAGCAGAACAUCAGUGGUGGCCUUUACAUGGAUGCUGUUCUGUCUAAGCCUCUUCCAGACUUAAUGCCAUGGCCACAGGGCUUUUGGGGAUUUGUGCCACCUCCACAAAAGCAAAUAGAGUAGUAUGAUAAGACAUGGCUGCUCUCAACUAGAUGUGGGCGUCACAUCUGACAGGAGGGUAUAAGUGUCCAUGUGAACUGAGGUGAAGUGAUUUUGUCUCAGCGAAACUGCAGCAGAUGAGGAUGCGCUUCGUUGUUAUGGUGAUGCUGUUGCCAGCGCUAAUGUUGGAAGGAUCAGAAUGCAGGUCCAGCUGUCGGCUCACCAAUAUCUCCAUUACCGUGGAAAGUGAGGAAUGUGGCAGCUGCAUCACAAUUGACACCACUGCCUGUGCCGGGCUUUGCAAAACACAGGAAAGUGUUUACCGUAGCCCAAUGAUGCUGUACUACCAGAACACCUGUAACUUCAAAGAAUGGACCUACGAGACCUAUGAGUUUAAAGGCUGCCCUGCCAGGGCUGACUCCGUUUUCACUUACCCAGUGGCCCUCAGUUGUGAAUGCAGCAAGUGUAAUUCUGACAUCACAGACUGUGGAGUUCUCAGCCAGCAGACAAUCGGCUGCAAUGCACAUUAGACAAGAAAACCAAACCCCACUCUAAACCAUUUGAAAGCCUGUUGUACAGUUCUGAAUAUUUCAUACUAUGUAAAUUGCAUAAUGGAAUAAAACUAAUAUGAAACCUUUUCAU